GCAUCAAAUGCUUUUGUGAUGCUAAACUUGGGGAAGAGAGAGUUGGGUAGCUCGGAGAGGUUUGGAUUUCUGUUUGGACAGAUCUGAUUUAAUCUUAGCUAAAAAGUGUGAUCCUAUCCCCUUUACAUUCAACAUUUCAACUUUUUUUAAAUAACUGUUUCUACUGACACUUUUUUGCCGGGUGUUGUUUUACCGAAUCUGUGCUUGAGGAAUGCAGGGUGCACUUUGCAGCUCGGUUUUCGGACACCUCCUGCUUUGCUUGCUCUCAAGCCGGGCUUCUGAAUGAUCGCCGGACAUGUACUGGUGAAGGAGAAGAGGCUCUUCAGCCGCACUGAGCACCGCGUAGCCCGGUAUGAGUACUUCCUUUCCGGGCAUGGACGGUGGCCGGGUCGGGCUCCAGCAGGCGUUGGGCGGCGCAAGAGGAGGCGGAUGGGUCAUGGUGGAGGCCCGGCUGCAGGGUGGAGCACCGUGGGGUUUUACGCUUCAGGGGGGCCUGGAGCACGGAGAGCCGCUCAUCAUCUCCAAGGUGGAACAGGGCGGGAAGGUGGACAAUUUGAAGUGCCCCCUGCUGGUGGGGGAUGAGAUCAUCAUGAUAAAUGACAUCGAGCUGACGGGAUAUCGACAUGAAGCCAUUGCUCUGGUCAAAGGAUCAUACAAGACUCUACACAUCACCGUUCGCAGGGAGUUUGAUCUGGGAUACAUAGAGGAAUUUGGGUCUUCACCUCCCUCACAUCCUACUUCUUAUUGUUCUCCAUCUUCGCCACCGCAUCAGAAACUACAAAAACAAAGCUGCCACAACAGACCAUGCUCAACCGGGGGCGUCCAGCUACGCAUCAAGAACAGACGCAGUGAGCCUUCCUCUCGUCCUCACUCGUGGCAUUCAACAAAGCUUGGUGAAGGUCAGCCGGACUCAGACCAGGAAGGAAUGGACACCAUGAGCAGUGCCUGGCACCACAACUACCACGCAAGUGCCUCCACCACAGACCUCGCUGGUGAUUUUCAGUCCGAUGGCGGCUGUCUGAGGAAGAGCCCAGACCAAUACAGCUCAAGAGGCAGCAUGGAGAGUCUGGAUCCUCCUCAGUCUGCACACCUCCAGCACCACCACGCUCUGGGCUACCAACCCCACAGCGGGCCACACCCUGCCUACUCCUCCUGCCAGCAGCUGUCCUCUGCCAGGUCGUCCAACAGCAUUGAUCACCUCCACAGCAAACGAGACUCUGCAUACUCCUCCUUUUCCACUAGCUCCAGUAUUCCAGAGUACCUCGCUUCUGCGCCGACUUUUAGUCCCGAGCGUUCCUAUUCUCUGGACACCGUCCCUCAGAAAGGAGGAAGCGGAGACAUACAACAAGCCGACAUUCAUUACAUCCGGACGGUGUACAACACCCAGCAGGAACUUGCUCCGGAGCAGGAACUGACCUCUGCAUCGACUUUGUCGCUACGCAACAGUGACUCCAGAAGUGCCGGAGGUGAGAAAGCAGGGCAAGGCAGAGAUCCGCAAGGAGGUGCGGUCUGCUACCGUGGCAGCGGCAGUGGCAGGAUCAGUGGUGCACCGGCUGCAAACAGGCACAGUGUGGGUCCAAUAUGGGCACCUGGGACCAGUCAUAGCUCAUAUGAGAACCUGAGAGGGGUUCCCGCUCCACCAAGGCGCAGCGACAGCUAUGCAGCAAUCAAGAACCACGAGAGACCCAACUCUUGGUCCAGUGUGGAGCAUUCCCGCUCAGCUAACAGGUCUCUGCAGAAAAGUUCCUGGCAUCACUCCAGUGGCCUCGUGGCAGCUAAAGGCUUGUACAUGACUGAGGUCCAGCUUCACACGGUCAUAGAGAAGAGCCCAGAAAGCAGCCCCACCACAAAGCCCAGACAGGGUUUUCCUCCGCAAGGUUCACCUUCAGCAUCUUCCACAGGUCCUGUCAGCCCUGCUCCCCAGUCGGGACGCCUCAUUCUCCCCACAGGAGUAUACACUGUACCCCAACCAGAGCCACAGUAUGCACAGAUACCCACUAUAAGUCCCGUGUCACCCACUUCUGGACUUUACACCGCUCUGGCCAAGGACAGCAACCGGAAGGAAGAUCUACAAAAUGUCAGAGGACAGGAAGAAGAACCUACAGAGCGAUGGAGGGAUGGAAUACAACCAUCCAGUGAAAACGGAGACCAAUUUAACACUUUGUCAUUGUACCCCCACUCUCCUUCUUCAUCAAUGCAGAUCAAAAGAAUCCACAAGUCAGACAGUCACAGAUCAGUAGACCAAUCCGACGUUCACCCAGAUCCAGUGGUUUCGUCCAGAGUGGCCCAAGGACAGGUUCCACCUUCCCAUUCACCAGUUCACCCUCAACAUCAGCACCCCUCCUCCUCUCAGGUCUCUCCCCGUCACUACAGCGACUCGCCAGUUGUUCAUCACCACCACCGGGACCAGAAAGAGCAGGACAAAGACAAAGAACACCCGCUGACCCGUCUGGAGAACGCUCUCGCUGAGGUCCAACAACACACCGGCCCUAGCAGUGUUGUUUCUGUCGGUAGCAAUGACAACAGUGCCUUGGGGGAGGGCAUCCAGGGACCCACACGGAGUCUCUCUGUGCUGGAGAGGGUCAGCCGCUUUGAGCAUCGUGAACGUGCAGGAAAACAACGCAGUCAAAGCAUCAGUCAUAGUCACCACAAGUCCUUUCAUCGGAAUCAAAUCUCUGACAAAGCCCACAGUGCCCCCCGUGGAGCAGAGGACCUCAGAAGCAUGCUAGAAAGAAGCACCAAAGCCCAUAGAACUAUGAGUUACAGAGGAGGCAGCAUCAACUGCAAGAAAGACAGGACCAUAUCUGAUCCCAAUUCAGCCCUGGAGAGGAGCAUGAGCAGCCUUCAGUCGGACGGAUCAAGGGGAGGUGACAGCAAGACUUCUUGGACACAAGAUAUCCAGAACAUGCUGGGCUCUCAUCAGGACACGUCCUUCCGCAGAUCUCACAGGGACUCAAUGAAAGACAUGCAGUCUAAGGUCGUCCGUUCCACCUCCUUGAGACACAAUUUCUCCCCCGCUCGUACUUCACAUGCAGGCCCUCCUCCCAUUUCCUCCUCACCCAGCAGCUAUCAUCCUGCUUCCUUAAAACACCAUCCCUCUGGGAAGAAAGGCCCUAAAACCAUGCCCAAGCCAGACGGCGUUGUUAUCUCACCACCAAUUACAUCCCCUCACACUCCAAAGGAGCGUCACGUCGUCGGACCAGAAACUCGAGGGCCAAGUCCCCCGGCCUUACCCAGCGUUGCACCAGUUGGUCCUCCUGCUCUGUUGAGAAUCUGCGGACGUAAACGUAUGACUGCAGACCAGAAGAAACGUUCCUACUCUGAACCGGACAACAUAAACGAGGUUGGGAUUUCGGAUUCGGAGACAUCGUCCCUCUUUAAGCCCGGAGGAGAGGCGAGUGUGGCAGACAGACGUAAGAUGUUUGAGCUCGGGUUUUCAAACACCGCCAUGUCAAGGCCUGACUUACGCCAGCUUCAGCAAGACGCUUUGGCUCAGUACGUGCAGAGGAAGAAAAGUGCAAAGAAAGAGGAGGCAAGACAGAGGAGUGGGCCAAGGCCUCUCAGCGCUUAUCUACAGUUGGAGAACGCCUACCUUUCAGACACCCUCAGCCUCUCGUCCACGUCCAGCCUGCUCUCUCUCCAGGACUCUGGCCCCACCUCAAGUGAUAGGCUUCACAUGUCAUCUUCCCCUGCAGCUGACACAAGAAACCUUCAAGCUAACUUCUACCAUCCAGGCAGGGUGACCACCCCGAGGCCUCCAUCAUACUCUCUACCGAGCGGUGACUCUCCACAUGAGCACCACACCCCCAUCAGUCACUUCCCUGGGCCAGACGCCAAUAGACACAGUCCAUUUCCAAGCAGAGCAUCACCACAACAGAAAGCAGAGCCUCAGCAGACGUGGGGGGGGCCCAGGCACCUAAGCAGGGCUUUGCAAAAGGCUCAGUCCAGGUUGGGUUCUGGCAAAUCUGCCUCUGUUGAGGAUCUUUUGGAGCGAUCAGAAGAAAGGCAUCCUCACCACUCCCGCUCUCGCUCAUCGCCCACUGUGGAGAUAAUCAAGCAGGACAUAUCACCAAAUGAAGAGAAGAUGUUUGAUGCCUCCAUUGCUGAACCUGGGACAGUGGACAGGCUUGCAGAUGACAAACUGCUAGAGAAGUUGUCAUCUCCCCCCUCAUCACAGAAUGGUCCUGCCGGAUCCUUUUCAGAAGUAACCUUCUCCCACACUCCUGUCCCUCUGAGAGAGAAACGGCAAAGGAACAUGGAACGUCAGCGAGCCUAUAGCACCUCUUCUCUUGCAGCCUCAGUUGGCCUACCGUGCCCCCUCACGUCCCGGGACAGCGGUGCGCUUGAGUGGCCUACUAGCGAGGGUCUGAGUCAAGCCAACCAGGAUGCCAUACCAGAGAGCGACGGAGACAGGAAAGGUGCAGCACUCAGCCUGGACGGCCAUCUUGAAACCUUAGUGAUGGACAAACCCACAAGGCACAGUUUGAGCCAAGACGCGAUGAAGGACGCUGCAAGAGAGAGAACAUUUAGUUUAGACCAGAGAGGAGAACGUUGUAACGAAAAGGAAGUCUCAGCAGUGACGUCGUCACCGCACAUGCAUUUCCAGUUUGAGUCCACACCGUCCUCUCAUCAUCAGUCCAUCCACCAGCACUUGUCCCCACGGAAAACGCCAGCUCUUGACGGUUCUACUGACCUGCAACCAACAUCACGGACCUGCCACGAGGACCUAGAUGAGGUCUUUCUCCAAAAUCCCCCUCCUCCAUCAUUGCCUCCUCCCGUCAAAGAGACUGACAUCAUGGAGGACUUCCCUCCUCCUGCUCCUCCCAUCCUUGAGAUGAAUAAGAACGUCUCCCUGCAGAAUGCCGCAAGCCUUCCUCCAUCUCUCAAAGCGCAGUCGUCCACCCUCACAUCCACCACGUCGUCUAGUUUUUCCAGCCUGGAUGUGGACAAUUUUGAAGAGGACCUCAACCUUGAGUACGAGCCGCUGCUCAAGAGGGAAAAGACGGCAGAGGAGCUUCGAGUGGAAACGCUGUGGAAGAAGCUGGUGUUGCAGGAUCGCUCUCUGUCAUCCAUCUUCCAAACAAGGGAUGGUAAAUCAACUGUGGAGCUCGUGGAGGGGAUCUUUCGAAACAGCAGACUGGGUGCUAAAGUGCCUUGGCAAGGCAGCAACAUGAAUGACAGGAUGGAGGAUGGUUUCAGCACCGACGUGGAUCCAAGGAUGGAGAUGGAUGAGGGUGGGAAAGACAUCAACACCAAGAAGGUGGAGCUGUGUGACGCACUCAGGUGCAGUUUAGUGGCUCUGCGCCAAGAAAAGGAAGCUCUGUGUGAAGAGCAGAGGCGGCACCAGGCACUCGGGGCAAGCAUCGAAUCCCUGGUGCACAAUCUAUGUAAAAUCAACGAGCGGGACAAGUACAGCAUGUUCAUUGGUACUACCUUUGGAGAUCUUGAGAAGAUCAUGAACCUGCUGCUGUCGCUGUGUAGCAGGCUGUCCAGGAUUGACAGGUCCCUGCUUGCUCUGCAGCGAGAGGAGGUCCCACAGGAGGGCACAUCAGAACAGAGGGAUUCCCUCCAUCAAAAGCGCUCUCAGCUCCUCAGCCAAACGGAGGAUGCUUGGGAACUGAAGGAGAACCUGGACCGGCGGCAGCGCGUCGUUCACGCCAUCUUGCUAGGCUACCUCACUGAACCCCAACUCCAAGACUACCGCCAUUUUGUCAGCACCAAACCCUCCCUGCUGACUCGCCAGCGGAACCUCGAUGACCUCAUGCGUCAGCGAGAGGAGCAGCUGACGAGGCUGGCAGAGACCCUCCCGCCAGAGCUGGCGUCGGCCCGGGAUCGGUCUGGAGGAUCUUCUCGUUCAUCCCCGAACCCCACCCCUUGCUCCUCCCCCUUCCCACAGCUGACUUCUGGCCCCUCCCACUCGGUCAGGCCCACCACAGUAACAUCACUGUGAUGCCAUGAAAGAGUGGGACAGGAGAAGAAGAGUGGAUCUAUGCAUAAUGUCACAUGAUAACGUGCCUCCUUCUAGUUACACCUGACUGAAUGUUUCACCUGACAAUACAUCCUAUAUUAUCUCCUUAUGGCUCUGAAAGAAAAGCUUCCAUUUUGGUUAUGUCCACUGUACAUCCAAGAUACGUCGGGUUUAAGGGUGAGCUCUUUAUUUUACCGUAAUAUUUCACAGAUUUGUUAGCAGUAUCUAAAUGAUAUCAAGGUAAGUGGACCAUAAGUCGCUGGCAAAGGCUGAGGAGAAAUGAAUGUUGAAUAACAAAUGGACUCUAAUCCUCAUGCAGGCAUGUUAGGAGCCAGAAUUCACAGUCAAAUAUUGUAUUUGCAUUUUUUCCCCAUCACUAAUGAGAGUUUGCCAUGCAAGGAAAAACAGCUAUUUUGCUAAAAAAUGAAUGGGGGCAGGUUUGCUGGGGGCCAAAGACAAAAUAAGAAUAAAAAAAAAAUGCCACUAAAAUUUGAUUCCGCUUAUUUUUCAAUGGAAACAUUUGAUGUCAAUGUUGAGGAGUCCAAAGAUUCUAAUCGUAUGUGUCAUAUUCCAUAUUUUAAAUGACCCCCAGUUGAUUCAUAUAGAGUACAAAAACAACCAGAAAUCCAUCCAACCAUUGUCGCUUAUCCUCAUUAGGGUUGUAAUUAUGCUGGAGCCUAUCCCAGCUGACUUUCACUGGUCGCCAGCCACAUUUGGAUAUAAUUUAUUGAUUUUAAACCAAACAAUAGAUGAGCUGCGUAUUAAUGUCAUAAUGAAUGAAACAGGACGUAGCAUUAUUUUAUUGUGGUCUAGUUGCUUAUUCGGUGUGUCUUCCUGGUCUUUGAUAAAACAUCUUUCUUAAUCCAAACUGUCAAAAGGUUGAAAAAGCAAGUUUUAUUUGAGUAUUACUGCACUUAUUCACUGAAUGCAAUGUUGUCAGAGGUUCUUUGUUACUCUCAAAUGUCUACUAAAGGACCGUAUUUUAUCCUCCGCCUACAAAUUUGACUUAUCUUUGUAGUUGGAGAGCACAUUGUAGGUAUUGUCAAUAUGUCCUAUUGUCCAAAUAUCACACCCGGAAAGCCUAUCACCCUCAUUGUUCCAUUUAGUCUUAGACACAAAAUAUGAACUCAUAUGUUUGACUCGUGUGAUUUGGCGUUUAUAUAGUGAAAAAUGUCUCGGUUUUGUUUUGUUGGGGAUUUUUUGCUAAAUAAAAGUAUUUUGUAAGUUC